AUGCCGCCACUACCACCACGCGAUGCUGGAAGUCGCGACGCGUUUUUGGCGGAUCUGAGCGUCGCUGCGUCACACAUUCAUAAUGUUGUUGCCUACUUCAGAAUGAAGAGGCUGCAAGAUAUGAGAGCUGAGAGUGGAGAGGAUUUUAGGGUUUGGUUGGGUUCAAAUGAAGGUGGAUGCAGCGCCGCACGAUUGACUGGUGCUGGUGCUGGUUGGGUUCAAAUGAAGGCUGUGGUCUGCCGCUAUGGCCGGGAUCUGUCUGCCAUGGUCGGGAUCUGCAGCUCCACAAUUGAUGUGGUUUUUGCAUCUGGUGAUGGUCUCGACGAGGUGCGGUGUCGUUGCAGACGGUGUUGUUAUUGUGGCAGUGGUUGGUUGUUUUUUUGGUGCUACGGUGCAGGCGAUGACAAUGUGGUUUUGCUUGAUGGUGGGUAUAAGAAAUCAUCACUGGUGGACAUGGGAGGUCCAGUGAAAAUGGCUAGUCAACAAAAUUACGAGGGUGGUGAGGAAUCAAGCUGUGCCGGUGAGAACAACCUUUAUGAUGAUAUUGAUUCCAUUAAAAGAGUAAAGAAGGUUAAGAUUCGCAAGCACUGGAAAUUCUUGAGUGUCAUUCCUGGGUUAAAGAAUAAGGAUGUUUGGUGGGAGUGUAUUAGAUCUAGUGGUGGUGGUGUUGUGGUAGUGGCUGCGGUGUGA